GAAAAUGUUUUAGCAGGAGAAAGAACAAGAGAAACUGUCAUAAUUUAAGUUAACGUUGAUCUUACAUCAUAAGAGAAAAGCCUCAACUACAAACUAUCGUUCUUGGCCCUGUAAUUUUCAAGAUGACUUCCUCGGACCUGUCAAUGAGGUUCGUUACCCAGGAUACCCUGGAUGAGAAGAGGAAGCGAAGACAGGAGGAGUGGGAGAAGAAGAGGCAACCGGAGGAUCCUAUAGAAUGUCCCGAGGAAGUAGUUGACAACAGAUCCCUUUAUGAGCGCCUACAGGAGCAAAAGGAUAAGAAGGAGCAGGAAUAUCAGGACCAGUUUGCACUGAAAAACAGUGUGAAAGGAUUACAGGAAGAGGAAGUAGCAUUCUUGGACCAUGUAUCAGAUCAACAGAUAGCCAUAGAGAAAGCUCGAAACAAUGAAGAGGCCCGGGUAAUCAGAGAACUUAGAGAAGCAAAUGUCUACAAGAUAGAGAACACCAAACAGAAAGAAGACAAGAAACCAGUGAAACAACAGAUUGGUGCCUCACAGAACAAGAAGUCACAGCAGGCAUUACUAGCCGGGGUCGUCAAGAGGAAAAGUGCUGACUCAAGUGAUGACAGCAAAAAGAGAAAACUUUCCACAGAAGAAUCUUUAGCCCAGCAGACUACAACAGCUAAACCACAGGGUCUUCAGACAGCAACAGGCCUACAGACUGCGACAGUGAUAGGCAUUUUGCCAGGACUCGGUGCCUACAACAAUGACACUAGUGACUCAGAGAGCUCCAGCAGUGAUUCAGAGGUGGACAUUAGGCUUGCUCCAGCCAAAAUCUAUGUCAAGGUGGAACAGGAGUGAUGCAUUCUGGGAUACCCGUUGACUACCUCAGUCUGUGAUCAUAUUAAAAAUAUCAAUAAAACUAUGGCAUUGUGCCUUAGAUGUAAGAGUUUCACAAUGUUGAGAUAAAAAUGCAUCAUUUGAUACCUCAUGGUGUGGGUUUGAGACUGAGAGAUACAAAGAAAGCUGGAUGGUCAUGGAAAUAUUUAGACUAUAUGAACCUCCUAAUGAAGAAGAGCUUUUUUUUCCUCUUUUUUUUGGACGAGCUUUGUUUUAAGAUAUAGGAUAUAUUCUAAGCUAAAGUAUUAGGAAUUUUUUCCUUACCUAAUACUGGAAAUAAUUUUUGGCUAAAACAAAUCACCCCUAAAAUUUUUAGACAGAUGUGAUUGGUAAAUUGUUGACCAUUCAGCCACCUAAAAUGAUACACCUUAUGAUUCAGAGCAAUGUUUCCAUGGUCAUUCUUAAUAAUUCUACCUUCAGAGCUAUUUUGUCUUGGCAAAAUGUUGGCUUAAUAUUGAAAUGUUUCUUGGAAUAUUGAAUUAUGCAAUAUGUUCAUCAACCAUUACUUAUUCAUUGACUUCAGCUGGGGAACUGUGUCGAGAAAUAGAGUGAUAUGCAUGAAUGAUAGAUGAAACCAAUCAAUGCCAUGAUUAGCAAGAGCAGUAAGAUGUUUUAAACAUGAAAAAUUGUAAUUAUUAAUAUUUAUAAUUAAUAAGGUGUAUUCAUUACAAGAUUUUAUGGUAUGUUGGGGAAUGAAUUUAAAAUUAACAAGAAUCUUAAUGGCAAUAAAUCUUUUUUAUUUUGCAUGUUUUUACAUUUGUGAUGUGUUAAUUUUACAGUGCAUUAGUUUAAUUGUCUUCCAGCCAUGCAAAUAAAACAAAACCCAAAAUUUAUAGUUCAACAUAUCUUCAAAAUCUACAUGACUUUGUAUAUACAUCAUUUGUUUAUGUUUAGUUUAGACAGUAUGAGAACUGUUUCCAAUGAUUUAAUGUGGGCACAAACUUAUGACAAAUAGAUAGAUACCAAAAAAUAAAAUGAUCUUUGAUCCCUUCCCCAUACACUUAAAAUGGUAUAUUCUCCCCUAGUCUCUGAAAAUAUGACAUAUAAUAGUAUCUUGCAAAACAUUAUGGUAUUUAAAUUACGUGUGCUUUAGUCUAGCCAGGACUUUGAUUAUGAAGAAAAAUGUUUAAAUAUUAAAUUUACAAAAAAUAGUGCAAAUAAGGGAAAAUAAACAAUAAACAACAAUGACUUGUUCACUGUGAUAUGACUUGUUCACUGUGAUAUGAUGCGGUAUUUUGAAGAAUUUUUAAUUUGUUCAAAUCCUGGCUAUCUUAGCAUCGUAAAUGCGUAAUAGUGACUGUAUUUUGUUAUCUUUGUAAAUGUAAAACUGAUAAAAUUCUUGGCGUAGGAAUAAGAUUCUUUGUAAAUGUCA